UCACACGCUUUGACGUAUGACAGGCGGUGAGUGAAUGAAUGCAUUGAAUUUAUAUAUCGUAUCGGAGUGCAUCGUACUGAAAAAAUAGAGUACUUAUUGCAUUAAAAAUAACAUUACAAACCAUUGCACUUGCCAAAUUAUGUCUAUGAGCGUAACCUUAACAGCGCCAAUAGUCUAGAGUGCAUUAGUAUUGAAAUAUUACAAUACCUCUCAAAAUGGAUAUUAUAGAAAGAAUUUAUCGCAACAUUCGAGGACAGCUUUGCAACCUGCCGGCUACAGUGCCGAAAGCUGUAGAUUAUGUUAAUAAAUCAGUGCAAAAAGUGAAAAUACCACCAUUCACAAGGGACAAUGUGUUGUACUACUAUUUACCAAUGCAAGGUCUGGUCAGUUACACAACACUGUCAAUAUCUGUUAUGAAUCCUCAUUUAAUGGUCAGGUUAUUUCCACGGCGAGAUGUCACCGACCUCUUAUUCCUAUCAGCUGGUGGUGGAGCAGGUCUAUGGCUCUGGGCCCGUCCCCACAUGGCAGCGGCAGUGCCCGCUAGAAGAUUCUCCUGGGCAUUCCUCGGGGGCUGCCUCUGGCCGCUCGGCUCAAUAUUCUUGUGGGCUAUACUGAGGAGCUCAGUUGGACAGAGGCCGGUAAUCGGCACUUUUCUUGGAGUGACUACAGGAGCAAUGCUAACUAAUAUUGCGCUUGACUACUUCCACUAUGUGGAGCUAAUGUUCUGCGGGGAGGUGCACCUUCCUGAUGAAGUGUACAGCCCCAAUAGUGAUGAUGAGAAAUAUGACAUUGAUAUCUAAGAAGUGAAGUCAUCUGUGUCAAUGUAUAAAUGAUGUAAAUAUAUAAAUGUACGGGUUGAGCAGGUAAAUCAGAUAUCAAGAUGAUUGAAGCAAAGUAGCUAAAGAAAGGACGCUGAGCACGGAAUUUCAUACAUUGAGCCACCUGUUCUUAUCUUUAUCGCACGCGCAUAUUGCUAUCCCACUCGCACAAUAUCAUUGUCAUGGGCGAGACAACAAUAUAAUUAGGUACGCGCCUGUGAUAGAGAUAAAAAAACUUUCUUUAUUUUAGUUUAGAUGAGUAAUUAAUUAUUUUGACACCUGAUUUCACUUCAACUCUCCAUGUUUCUGUGCACUAAGUUAGAUUAAGAUUUUGCCAUAAGAAAAAUAUUUUUGGCAGUAUAUUAAAUGGUAACCCAUGUUUGGGUAUUUCCUAAGUGUUGCACAAUAAACUUGUAUUGUAUCAUCAAUGCAUUCAUUUUUCACUUCUAGUAAUAGAGUAGAGCUUUUUCACCAAUUAAGGCGUCUGCUAGCUGCUGGUGUGGUGACACAGAACGGGUUAGCGAAAAAUACUAUUUUUCGCUAAUCCGUUCUGCGGUGGAUUUUACCUACAACGCUAGCGGAUGCCCAUAUUUUUGGAGGUUUUGGAAUAAAUUAUGAAUGUGCUUGACAUUGUUUAAAGUUUCUGUAAAAAUGAAUUCAUAAUUUCAUAUUAUAAUUUUGGUUUGGCAUCAUAAGGAUUCUAGUCUUACCCGAAUACUUAAUAAUAAUAAUAAAAGACGUUUAUUCAAGAAGUUGUAACAUAGGUACAUAAUAAAAGUACACGAUAAUGCUUACAAACUAAUUGAAAGGGAAGGUGGCUCAACUGAUGUCUGUGCCAAAAAGGCUUCGGGGCACAGCAGCCCCAAAGGUUUUUAGCAACGGACGCUGUUAUUCUGCCACCGCCGUACUUGUCCUUGUUAUGUAUUUAAUUUUUCGUUAUAAUUGUAAGCCUUACCUAUAAGAAAUAUAGUAUCUAAACCCAUGGAUUUAUUUUUUGUAGCUGCUAUACAAAGUGAAGAUUUAUCAUGCUAGUCAGACCAAGCUAACUGCAUGGCAUUUGCAAUGACAAAGUGUGACAAUGUCAUUGUUAAAGUCUAAUUUCUAUGAAAAUAUACCGUUUAUAAUGACACAGACAGAACAAAGUGAGGAGUUCUGUUCAAGUUGGGGCAAAGUUAGCUUAGACGGACUUUAGCAUAUUAUUUUAAGAUUUUAGUCAAACAUGCUUCAAAUAAACUGUUAUGA